CAACUGAACCAAUCAGCUGCAACCAUGGAUUUUGUGAUGAAGCAAGCGUUAGGUGGUGCCACCAAAGACAUGGGCAAGAUGCUGGGUGGGGAGGAGAAGGAGGACCCAGACGCAUCCAAGAAGGAGGAGGAGCGUCAGGAGGCGCUGAGGCAGCAGGAGGACGAGAGGAAGGCCAAGCACUCCCGCAUGGAGGCCGAGAGGGAGAAGGUUCGGCAGACCAUCAGGGACAAGUAUGGGCUGAAGAAGAAGGAGGAGAAGGAGGCGGAGGAGAAGGCGGCGAUGGAGCAGGCGUGCGAGGGCUCCCUGACCCGUCCGAAGAAGGCCAUCCCCCGAGGCUGCGGAGACGACGAGGAGGAAGAGGAGGAGAGCAUCCUGGACACGGUGCUCAAGUAUCUGCCCGGACCUCUGCAGGACAUGUUCAAGAAGUAA